CUCAAGAGGGAGCGAGAGCGAGUGCUAUUGUGUCAAUCUCACGGGCGACCAGCACUCGGUGCACUGGAAAACCAACGGGCAGUCUCGUUGGGAAGCACCGAUUGUAGCAAAAAACUAGCAACACAGAGCCAAUGGAUCCACGGACAAUCAAACGGCCUCGAUCGUCGACACCGUCCAAAGGGGGACGCAACGAUGAUUCGAAUGCCCCGCCGAAGAAAAAGAAAACCAAAAAGAGCAAGCGCAACCGCAUCAACAGCGAGUAUGGGGACGACGACGCCACGAACAACGCCGGCGCGGGGAUCAAGAAACACAAGAGUCAACACCAUCACCACUCCAGCACAAACUCCAUGGAAAGCACGGCGACCGCCGAAGGCCAAAUGAUGUGGCAAAUGCUUUCGACUUUUUCGCAUUUGGAGCAAAGUCGCUUUGAAGCGUACCAACGUGCUACGUUUUCGCAGGAUGCUGUGAAAGCUUGGGUUGCCGCAACCCUGUCAAAUCGGUACGGAUUGGCCGAACUGCGACCGUUGGAAGAUUUGGUAUCUCCCGGCCAGGCCUCGGAUAUCGGCAUGAUUGUCAGUGCGCUGGCCAAAAUAUACGCACAAAGGCUCGUGAGUGCGGCGAAAACUAUUCAGGGGAACGAGUCUGCGGAGCCGGCACCGUUAUUGCCUGAGCAUAUACGAAAGGCGUGGGAGCAGCGUACUCGACAAGGGCUGGAUCCAGGAUUCUUUUUGCAAUCGUCUUCCGGAAUCGGAGGACCCGUAGUGGCGGACAACCACAAUCUACGCAGACUGGCGGCAUUGGCAGCACAAGAGGAACACGAUAAGCAAGAGGCUACAGCGGAAGAAAGGCAGGAAGACGUAACGAUGAAAGACGCAAUCCAAGUGGAAAUGCGGCAAGUCCGCUCCCAGCAAACACCGCGAACGACGCUACAACCCCAGCCAAAACUACAACGUAAGCACUCAUAA